AAAUUUUCCAGAAAGUGCCCCAUUUUAACAAUACUCACCCUAUACCCAUGAAACUAAAGUGACAGAUCUAGCCUUGUCAAUGUCAUAAGACAAAUCAGACAGAUGUGAUACUGAACCACCUUAACCCACACUAUCAAAAGAAACACCUGCUUUUUUUAAUCUUCCAGUGUCCGAUUUUCAUUUCUUUUUCUUUUUGGCAUGACAUGUCACUUGGUCUUAUUCCCAUUGAGAACUAAGUGAAAGGCAGAUGGAUAGGUGUGUCAGUCUGCAUAUAAUUUGCUGCAUUUAAUCAGUGUGAUUGAUCUUGGCUACACCUGUGAGAUAGACCAUGUCUCUAGAGGUCAUCUAAUCUCCGGUUUGAGCAGCAGGUGUUUGGGUGUUCCCUCCAAGAUGCAGGGCCAUGAAAGAUUCAUAUAUACAGCAGAAGUGUGUCCCUCUGUGUGCUGCCUAAGCCUCCCUCAUAAGAGAGCAUUUUCUGCAGUAUACUGUGGUCAAUAUAACCUGCGAUCAAAUGUAUUACACAUAAAACUGGAGCUUUUCUGGUAGAUUUCAGUUAAAAGUUUGACAAAACACCUGAAAUCAAGUACUAGAAAACCAGUUUAUUUUUGUAUAGUUUGUAUAGUGUAUAGUUACAAAUGUAAAGUCGCACAGCUAAAUGUUUUACGCUAACAGGAUCACACUGGGGUUACAUCAGGCAGAUGCCCUUGUGGUGAUGUGUCAUUACAAAGAACUUGCUCUAACUUAUAGUUUCAAAUAAAGAAAUGUCAGUUGUUAUCUAUAAAAAGGGACCUGUAAUUAAGAUUAUUAAGUAAAAUUGUCAUCCAUAUUGUGUUUACAGACAAUUUAUUCCUUAUAGGUAUGAUUCGUUAUUUUUAUGAAUUACUAUACAUAUGUGGUGCAGGCAGGUCUAUUUUAUUUGAACUCUUAGUCACACUUUGUAAUGGGUCAUCUGGGUCAAGUAUAACAGGAACUGUUUAGAACUUUUUCACUAUAGCAUUUGGUCACUAUAGAAGCAUCAUGCCUCUUUUGCUAAAAGUGGCAGGAAUAGGGAUAUUUCCAUAGCCCCAGCUUUCUUGAAUGUUCAUAAAAAAGACUUUAUUUUUCUGCUGUUUGAAAAGUUAGCAGAGAAAGCUAAAUUAUUUAACGCAAGGCUAUCGCUUUCCUCUUGGUCAGUUGGCAGGGUAACUAUAGCAGAAUUUCAUUUAUUAUUAACCGACUCGGUGGCAACACGGACACCUCUUCCCGCAGAGUCCCUGGGCUGCUGAACGCGUGGGUUCAUGGCCACGCGAAAGAAAACAAAUGAAGACUGCCAUGUUGUGUAACCCAACAAAACUUCAUUGAGACACAAUGUAGAACAGGGAUCAUGUAAAAGUGUUGCUUUUUUCCAAUGGAGGGAGCAAACACGAAAGCUGGGGACGAGAAGCCUCCGAAAAAAGUGAGGUUUCGGGUGUCAUCGGCAAACAGUGGUCGGAUCCUGAAGGAGGUGUUCAAAGACGAGGGACCUUCGGACUCGCUGGACUCUGAUGGCAACAGCAGCUCGGAGGCAGAGCGGGACGGCUCACCCCCGGCCAACGAUGCCAGCGGACACCUCAACGGCCUUUUGGGCCCCGAGCCGGACGACAGUGGGAGCGAGCCGGACGACCUGCUCAUGUACGCCGGGGCCUGCCGGGACAGACCCUUCGGCACCAGGCGGGUCAACAUCCUCAGCAAAAACGGGACUGUGCGUGGUGUGAAGCACAAAGUGAGCGCCGGACAGGCGCUCUUCAGCAGCCUCAGCAGUAGAUUGAGACAGCCAACAGUGAGGCUCGAGUUUGGGCGGAUCGCGAUCUACACCACCAGUUUCCGUGUGGUGCGAACCACGUUCGAGCGCUGCGAGCUGGUGCGCAAGAUCUUCCAGAACCACCGGGUCAAGUUCCUGGAGAGAAACGUGGCCUUGAACAGUAACUUCGGCAAGGAGCUGGAAGAGAGGUGCCGGCGGGUGGGAGAAUUACCCUCUCUGCCGGUGGUCUUCAUUGAUGGACACUACCUUGGGGGAGCUGAGAAAAUUCUGGGUAUGAAUGAAUCAGGAGAGCUUCAGGAUCUUCUCACCAAAAUCGAGAAGGUGCAGCACCCGCAUACUUGCUCCACCUGUGGGGACUUUGCCUUCAUCCCGUGCCCCGUGUGCCAUGGCAGCAAGAUGUCUCUAUUCCGGAACUGCUUCACAGAUUCAUUCAAGGCCCUCAAAUGCACUGCCUGCAAUGAGAACGGCCUGCAGUCCUGCCCCAGAUGCUCCUCUUAGGGCUGCAGCCGCACACAAUCCACAUACACAAACUCUUUGUCUCCCCCUAGAGGACAGACAUGGG